CCUCUCCUCCCGGUCUCCCAUUGGCCAUGCUUGGGUCACACCCCUCAUCCUCCAGGACGGAUCCCGUGUGGUGACAGCUGCGGACGUGCAGAGGAUCAGAUCUGAGUCGGUGUGAUUAUUAGAGCCCGAGGCAGACUGGGUGGACCCGGGCAUGUGAAGGACAUCGGAGGGGACAGGUGACAACACACAGGCCUCCGACACUGAGCGAAUCUUCAUCAUGACCAACCAACUUCUGCCCCGAGCUUUGGUUUCCUCUCGCUGGCUUUGGGACAAUUUACGGACUGGUUCAGCUCUCAGGUCCAAUGUUCGGGUACUUGAUGCUUCAUGGCAUCUCCCCAAAACUGGACGUGACCCUUGGCGUGAGUACAAGGAGCGCCACAUUCCUGGAGCCUACUUCUUCGACAUAGAUGUCUGCAGUGACCGCACCUCCCCCUAUGACCACAUGCUUCCCAGCGCCGACCAGUUUGCUGAAUAUGCUGGGAAACUUGGAAUCUCUAACGGCAAUCAUGUUGUGGUGUAUGACGCCAGUGAUUUUGGCUCAUUUAGUGCUCCCCGGCUGUGGUGGAUGUUUAGGGUUUUUGGGCAUCUAAAUGUGUCCGUGUUGGAUGGAGGUUUUAAAAGUUGGUUAAGGGAAGGACAUUCAGUAAAGUCGGGAAAGGAACCUCGCCCAGAGCCAGUAGAGUUCAAAGCACAGCUGAACACUUCUCAAGUUAUAGACCAUGAGGAAAUGGUGGACAACGUUGAGAAGAGGACGUUUCAGAUGGUGGAUGCCAGAGUGGAGGGAAGGUUCAGAGGACUUGAACCUGAGCCCCGGGAAGGAAUUGAGCCUGGUCACAUAUCUGGUGCCGUGAACCUCCCUUUCCCAAACUUCCUCACAGUAGAAGGCAAUGAGAAGUCUCCAGAAGAACUUCGACGUAUUUUCCAGGAGAAAGGCAUUGACCUAUCAAAACGACUGGUGGCAUCGUGUGGCUCCGGAGUCACUGCCUGCCACGUGGCUCUUGCUGCUUUCAUUUGCGGUAAAGAUGAUGUUGGCAUAUAUGACGGUUCGUGGGUUGAGUGGUACAUGCGUGCCAAGCCAGAGGAAGUUGUAUCAGAGGGCAGGGGGAAGACCCUGUAAGUGUCAUGUGAUCCAUCCUGCUUCUAAAGACUCGCUGGUCUUCACAAACUGCUGACACCAUUGUCGGGUGUAACCUUCUGCUAUGUUACCACAACAUUGCUACUACGUGCCUUAAAUCUUCUUUUUUUUUUAUAGAUAUACAAAGUAUAUGCUUGCAUUCAUUGACAGGAAGUGCUGCUUCACACAGGGGCAACCCGACUUGCAGUGCGACUUUAAAGGCGACUUCAGCGCGACUUGGAGCAACUUACAGCGCGA